UGAAGGAGUCGGUGUGUUGUUUUAGGGGAACAGUCAUGUCACUGGUUGUUGUGGUCGUGUUUGUUCCUGGGAACAAUAACCUGCCGUGACAUGUGUCGUCUUCGUGGAAGGAGCUUUCACGACGCGCACUGGACUGACACAACCGCUCUGCGGGUGGAGUAUCCCUGCGCCCUGCGCCGCAGAUAGUCCGAUGACUGUGAAUGUGCAGAGACACACUAAAGUGACGACAUGACCUUCUGUCACGACCCGUGGUUGCCAUGGGUGACAGUCCGUCAUGAGUACAUUGGCCCAAGGUCCUACCAGGUCCCUCCUGUCACGUCUCUUCUCGAGGUCAAACAGUUGCUCUAUGAGGAGACAAACCUGCCAGUGAAAGAGCAACAACUGACGCACAAUGGGAAAGUGCUGGAUGAUCGUGUGCAGAUUGGGACCUUGGUGCCGACAGGAAGUCCAGAAAUUUCUAUCACACUGGAGGGAAGAGGCCUUAAAGGAGGAGGCAGGUUUGGGCAGACGACACCACCACUAGUAGAGUUUUUGAAAGAUAUUCUGAGGAGGUAUCCUGAAGGUGGACAGAUUUUGAAGGAGUUGAUUCAAAAUGCUGAGGAUGCUGGAGCCUCAGAAGUCAAGUUCAUGUACGAUGAGACGGAGUAUGGAGUGGAGUCGCUUUGGUCACCUGACAUGGCUCAGCAUCAAGGGUCGGCAUUGUAUGUCUACAAUGACGCUGUGUUCACUAUGGAGGACUGGAAUGGAAUUCAAGAGAUUGCAAGGAGCAGGAAGAGAGAGGAUCCUUUGAAAGUGGGAAGAUUCGGGAUUGGCUUUAACUCUGUGUAUCAUAUCACAGAUGUUCCCAGUAUAUUCAGUGGAGACCAGAUUGCCAUGCUGGAUCCUCAUCAAACCCUGUUUGGAGUGAAUGAAUCUGGGCAGUGUUGGAACUUGAAGACAGACAUUAAAGAGAUCACAGAACUGGCGGACCAGUUUGCCCCCUACACUGGGAUGUUUGGGAGCUCUGAGGAAACCAUCCAGGACGGCAGCUUUCCUGGAACACUCUUCCGCUUCCCACUCCGCAUGAAACCCUCCCAGCUCAGUGGCAAUAUUUACAACAAAGAAAAGAUUUUGGAGCUGUUUGAGUCUUUCAAAGCAGAUGCAGACACUGUGCUCCUCUUCCUCAAGAGUGUUCAGAAGGUCUCCUUGCAUGUGCGAGAGUCCGAUGGUACAGAACGCAUGUUGUUUCAGGUUACAGCCACAGAAAAUACUGAUGAUAAGUUAGAAAGACCAAAUGCACUGAAGACCUUGGGUCAGGCGAUAGACAAUUACAACAAUGGUGUUCCCAGUUCGACCAUCACAUGUGUCACUUACCAGGUCAACAUGGAAACUCAGGAUGAAACGGCUAAAGAGACUCAGAGAACGUCUUGGCUUGUUUGUAAUGGAGUAGGGGGGAGAGGAAUGUGUCCCGAGUUGGACUCUCUGGCAGAUGAUUUGAAGUUCAUGCCCACCAUUGGCAUUGCCCUGCCACUUACUCUGAUAAAUAGAGAAGACGUAGGUGCCACAUCUGGUUUCUCAGGACGGGCUUUCUGCUUCCUUCCCCUGCCUCCUGGAGAAGAGAGUGAGACGGGGCUCCCAGUUCAUGUCAGUGGCUUCUUUGGUCUCACAGACAACCGUAGGAGCAUCAAGUGGCGGGAGGUGGACCAAUGGCGGGAUCCAGCUGCCCUGUGGAAUGAGCUGCUUAUAAUUACUGUCAUCCCUAGGGCUUACUUCACACUCAUCACUGACACUAUCAAAAGGGUACAGACAAAAAAGGACCAAGACUUCCCAUUGUCCCCUACAGGAACCUAUGAGGCCUGGCCAAACCCUAAGCAGGUCAAGUCCCGCUGGAAACCUAUUCUCCAGCCACUGUUUCAUGAAUUAGCGCAGCAGGAAGUCAUUUAUUCUCUCAGCGAUAACUGGAUCAGAGUGGACCAGGCUGUGUUCUCAGAGCUGGAAACAGAGGAGGACAUUUCAGAGACUGUGAUCAACUACCUCCAAAGCUCAGGAACGCAGGUGGCGAAGGUGCCUGCUGCUGUGGACUCUGUCUUGGUCACCUACAUUGCUGAGUCCACUGAAGUGAGGAAGGUGACCCCAUCUUUGUUGCGGCAGGUGAUCAGGAAGUGCAAACACAAAGGGCCCUCUCAGGAGAAGCUGUUACUGCUGGAGUUUGUGCUUAGUGAUGCCAAUUACAGUGACCUAAUAGGCCUGGAGCUCCUACCAAGACAAGAUGAGACAUUCACAACAUUUUCGUCUUGUGUCAGUGAUAAGGAUGCCAUUUACAUUGCAUCUGAAGAAUACCCGAGGUCUCUGUAUCCAGGACUUGAGGGUCGUUUUUUACUGGAGAGCAUUAAACCUUCAGUAAUGGACUGUUUGAAGAAAGCAGCCAAAACCAGAGUGCAACAGUAUCUUUGGGGGUGCUCAGGGAGAACCUGCACUCAGCUACAAGUGCUGAACCCAGAGCGAUCAGCUCGACUCAUCAAGGAGAUCCUAUCAACAGCCUGGCCGACUCGAGACUUCAUUGUCCAGUGGGAACCUGGAAACAGAGAGUUGAAGCACCCUACAGUUCCCUGGCUGAAGAUUAUUUGGAAACAUCUUUAUAUACAUUUUGCUGAUGACCUAAGUAUGUUUGAAGAUUUGCCUUUGAUCCCAUGUGGGCCACUUGAGGAAAACAUGGACAAAGUUAAGCUUCUACGAAUCAAAACUCCGUCCCCCAUUAUUUAUGUGGACCAGAAGGAAGUGCAGCUUUCUGAGAUCCUUAUUUCUAUUAUGGAAAGGCUUGGAGCAGUUGUUAUAAAAAAUCUGGAUCCAUGUUUGCAGCACCCUCUGCUAAAGAAUUACAUCCACCCGUCCUCUCCUGGCAUGCUGUUGCAAAUUAUGGAUAGAUUAGCAAUACAGCGAUUAUCCAGCCACGUCUCUUCAUUCUCAGUUAAAGAGAAGAUUGCACUGAGACACUUUCUUGCAGGACUGUCUGACAUAACGGAGAAGGAAAAACACACCCUGCUUGAACUUUCCAUCUUUGAGAAAGUAGGGAUCUGCUCUGAAGGGACCCCAGCAUAUACAUCACUGAGAGGAGCUAGAGUUUUACACCAUAGAGCCAAGUAUCCACCAGAUGUGAAAUUAUCUGUAAAUCUUGUGGGUUGUUGUGAUGAGGAAACAAUCCGCCUCACCAAGAUGCUAAAUGUGGAACAGGUGAAAACAACAGAAUGUUUGAAAUUCAUGAUUCGGGAUAUUGAGAGGGGUUUCUAUGCAACAGAUGAGAUAGCACAGAUCAUGCUUUGGGCUCUCAAAAAUCUGACAUUUUUAAAGAAUGAAAAUUCUGCUGUGAUCCGAUGGCUUUCUGCUAUCAAAUUUAUCCAGCUGCCAUGUGGAAAUUCAGUCAGAGCCUCUGAUCUUUUUGACCCUGAGUUGGAGAUUUUACAGAAUCUGUUCUACAUGGAAGAGAAGACAAGGUUUCCCACAAGUACGUUCAUGUCUUCCGCUGAUAUUCUACAUUCACUCCGACAACUGGGACUAAGAAAUGAAGUACAGCUCUGUGAACAAGAUGUAGUCCAGGUUGCAAAUAAAAUAGAUGAGUUACAAAGAAGCAAUGAACCUGAGUGGGAUUUCAUCAUCAAAAAGGCAAAAACACUUCUGCAGAUACUCAACAGACAAACUAAGCUGGUCAAAUCAGCUGAUGCUCAAAUUUCAUUGUUAAAACUGAAAUGGGUUCCUGUCUGCAAGGAAAGACCACCAACUUACCCUAAAACUCUUACCUGGGUUGGAGAUACUCUCAAUAUAUGCUCUCUGUCUGAAAUGUGUGACAUAUCCCAUGCAGUGCUUGUGGGAUCUUCAGUCGCACUCAUUGAACAUACAUCUGCAGGUAUGAAGAAGGCACUUAAACUCACUGUAGAACCCCAGGUGGAUCAAGUAUUGCAACACCUGAAAGCAGUGAACGACUGGCAUAAAUCUCAAGCAUUUACCACAGAGGAUUGGUAUCAGUUUCAGCAGAUCUUAUUUGAAAUUUAUGCCUUUAUGCAGGCUCACCUUGAGGAUGCAAGAGAAGCAAUGAAAUCACUGCCUUUCGAUUGGGUGUGGACAGGAAAGACAUUUUCAUCACCAAGCCACACGGUCCUGAAACCGCUCCCUGACCUUGACUUACAGCCUUAUCUGUACUCCCUUCCAAAGACAAUUAGAAAGUUUCACAAACUUUUCAAAUUUUGUGGCUCAGUUGAAGAAGUUAUCCCAAGCCAUGUGUUCAAAGUCAUAAGCACUAUCCAACAAAGAUGUGAGGGAGAGAUCAGCAAGGAAGAAAGCCAUCAUGAUAUCUUACUUUUAAUCAACAUCCUGAGAUGGCUGUACAACAGUCACAUAGAUGUAGAUACUAACAUGCAUGUGCCAAUUCUUUGUUACAAGGACCCAAACAAAUUAGCCAUGAAGCCAAUUCAUGAAUGCACGUAUUGUGAUGUUAAAGUUGAAGAUUUAAACGAUUUACUUGAAGAUGCCUCAGAGCCCAUCAUAUUAGUCCACGAUGACAUCCCCAUGAAAACCGCAGAGUGGCUGAAGGUGCCAUGUCUGAGCACGAGGCUGAUAAACCCGGAGAAUCUCGGCUUUGAACAAUCAGGCCAAAGAGAACCUCUAACAGUAAGAAUAAAGAACAUCUUGGAAGAGUAUCCAUCCGUAGCAGACAUUUUUAAAGAGCUCCUCCAGAAUGCUGAUGAUGCAAGUGCAACAGAGUGCAGUUUCCUAAUUGACAUGAGAAAAAACACUGACAUCAGAGAGAAUCUCCUUGACCCUGGCAUGAUUGUUUGCCAUGGGCCGUCCUUGUGGUCUUUCAACAACUCUGUAUUUUCUGACACAGACUUUCUCAAUAUCACAAGGUUAGGUGGAUCGGUGAAGAGAUGUGAAGCAGACAAAGUUGGCAAGUUUGGAUUGGGGUUCAACUCAGUUUAUCACGUUACUGACAUCCCCAUCAUCAUGAGCAGAGAAUUCAUGAUCAUGUUUGAUCCAAACAUCAAUCACAUCAGCAAGCACAUCAGAGACAAGUCUAAUCCAGGGAUCAAAAUCAACUGGAGCAAGCAACAGAGAAGGCUGAGAAAAUUCCCUAAUCAAUUCAGACCUUUCAUUAAUGUCUUCAAUUGCCAGCUUCCUCUAGCUCAGGACUCCCCUUACAAAUACACUGGUACACUUUUUAGACUUCCAUUCAGAACAGAGCAGGAAGCAUCAGUAAGUGAAAUCAGUAGUCUGUACUACAACACCACAGACAUCUACUCCCUCGUUGAUGAGUUCAGCAUAUGUGGCCAUCGAUUCAUUCUUUUUACACAGCAUGUUGGAAGUAUGGUCUUGAAAUAUCUGAAAUUUGAAGAACCAAACCCAGCAGGAGCACAAGAUGUUGUGGCCAUCAAUAAAAGUGUGUGGUCAUCCAAAGCUUCAUACGGACCUCUCAGUAUACUAAAAUCUGCUGCAAAGGUUAUGAAGAAAGUAGCAAGCACCAACAAGGUGCCUGCUGAUGUUCCAAAGUCUGGCUGCAUCAUACGCGUUGUUGUGGAGGAGUAUCACAACGUGUUCAAACGCAUCGUUGAUCUCCACUCCCCACUGUUCAGAGGUCCAGAUGAAGAUCCUAACCAGUACUUUGAGAUGGCCGCUAAAGGAGUUCAAACGAGAAGACUCACAGACGAAAUGCCCCAAAAGGCAGUUGAGGUCACCAACUGGCUCAUCUGCUCAUGCAUGGAUAUCACUGAAGCACUCAAGUUCUCCCUCAGUGACAGUGGGAAAAGACUUGGACUAGUGCCAUGUGGAGGAGUGGCCGUUCUGCUCUCAGAGGAAGAGAAUCGCAAAUGGUCAGUAAAGACAAAUGUCACACCAAUUGGAGAAGUGUUUUGUUACUUGCCUCUCAGAAUCAAAACAGGCCUGCCAGUCCAUAUUAAUGGCUGCUUUGCUGUGACCUCCAAUCGCAAAGAGAUUUGGAAGACUGACACCAAAGGACAGUGGAAUUCUGUGUUCAUGAGGCAUGUGAUUGUGCAGGCCUAUUUGGCAGCACUCACAAUGCUACGUUCAAUGGCUGAAAGUGGAGAACUGCUCGACUACAGCUAUUAUGCAGCUUGGCCAGAUCCAAGUCAGGUGCAUGAUGACUUCACAUUGAUCAGUCAAGGUGUCUACCAAGAAAUAGCCAAAGGAGGUGACAGUCAGCAAGCAAAGCUUUUCUCAGAUGGAAACACAUGGGUGUCAAUCAAAUACGUUCGAUUUCUUGACGACACCUUACUCUGUAGGGCAGACAUCGGUCCUGCUGCUUUCAAGAUAUUCCUGAAAUACCUUAAGAAGACUGGCUCACAAAACCUCUGCGCUGUCGAGUUGCCUGACUGGGUGAAGGAUGGAUUUGAUGAUGCUGGGUGUAAAGGGAAGUUGAUGGAAAACACCCUGACAGAGACACAGUUUUUUUCAGAUGUCUUUUUCCCUAACAUCCAAGGAAUUGACAAGGAGCUAAGAGAUCCUCUGAUGCAUUAUGUCUUGAAUGAGAAGCUGGAAGACUUUGCAUCAAUCCUCAGUGUUACCCCUUGUAUCCCAUGCUCUGGUCCUAAGGAAGAACUGGUAUUGCCUUGCAGACUCAUUCACCCUGAGGGAAGAGUUGCUAAACUCUACAGCCCUGAUGAUGGGAGAUUUCCUGAAGGGACUUCUAAAGACUACCUAAAUCCUGUGUGUUUGGUGAAACUAGUGCAGUUAGGCAUGGUAAAAGAUGAUCUAUCAUGGGAGGACCUGCUAGAACGUGCCCAGUCUGUUAUUGAUCUCAAUCAAAGUGACCAUAUGGCUGCAUGCUUUCGUAGCAGUAUACUUCUCAGUCUCAUAGAUGAGAAACUAAAGAUGAGAGACACAGCAGCACCAGAACUGUUAGAAAAAAUACAGGACAUUAAGUUCCUUCCAUUUCUGACAAGACCUGCUGGCUUUUCCCUACCGUGGCAUGGGAACAGUUUUUCCCAAUCAACAAUGUUCUCUGCUAGAGAACUGUUUACAACUGAACAUCAGGACACUGUGUGUCUCAUGAAGCCAAUCCUAAAUGAGAAUUCUCCGUCUUUCAAGGGAUGUGGUGCAAUGUCAUUGGCUGUAAAAGACUCUCUUGGUCUCAUAAGAAAGCCCUCAGUAUUACUGGUCAUCUCUCAGCUCAAGAAACUGUCUCAGUCAUUUGAUGGCGUCACAUUGUAUCAGGAAAACAUAACAAAUGCUUGUUACAAAUAUCUCCAUGAAGAAAUGCUACAGGAUGAGAAUGCAAAAGUACAAAUAACCAAUGAACUGAAAGCUUUCAACUCUAUCCUAGUAGAGAACACAUAUGUCAAUCCAUCCAAAGUUGCAUUCCACCUGAAUUUUGAUGCCUCCCCACAUCUCUAUCAGCUCCCUAACAAAUACAGAAACAGCUGCCGUGAGCUUUUUGAAAAUGUUGGGGUACAGCCGAGCUUUACAGUUGAGAACUUCUCGGCAGUUCUUGAAACUGUGAAGCAAGAAUGUGGGCGAAGGACACUCACAGAGGAUAACUUCCAGUUGUGUCGCAGGAUUAUUAGUGAAGGGAUAUGGAGCUUGAUACGAGACAAAAACCAGGAAUACUGUCGAGCAAAUUAUGGUGGGAUCAUGUUACCCGACUCAAAUCUGACAUUGCAGCAAUCAAAAUCUCUAUGCUACAAUGACUGCCCGUGGAUCAAAGUCAGAGACUCCUCUGUGAAAUACUGUCACGGGGAUAUUCCAAGAGAGGUCGCUGUAAAACUAGGAGCAGUCCCAAAACGUCACAAAGCCUUGGAGAGAUAUGCCUCAAAUGUCUGCUUCACUACACUUGGGAGUGAGUUUGGACAGAAAGAAAAACUCACAAGCAGAAUUAAAAGCAUUCUCAAUGCUUACCCAUCAGAAAAAGAAAUGCUAAAAGAAUUGCUUCAAAAUGCAGAUGAUGCCAAAGCCACUGAAAUCUACUUUGUUUUCGAUCCAAGGACACACCCUACUGACCGAAUAUUUGAUGACAAAUGGAUCCCAAUGCAAGGCCCUGCACUGUGUGUAUACAACAACCAGCCUUUCACAGAGGACGAUGUCAGAGGUAUACAAAAUCUUGGAAGAGGAACAAAAGAGGCCAAUCCAGGCAAAACUGGUCAGUAUGGUAUUGGAUUUAACUCCGUCUAUCACAUUACCGACUGCCCAUCCUUCAUUUCAAACAAUGACAUCUUGUGCAUUUUUGAUCCUCAUGCACAAUUUGCGCCUGGGGCUACAUCAGUGAGUCCAGGAAGAAUGUUCAGAGACUUGGACUGUGACUUCAGAUCCCAGUUUUCAGAUGUUUUAAAUCUGUACUUAGGUGCUCACUUUAAGUUAGAACGCAGCACUAUGUUCAGAUUCCCAAUCCGCUCUGUAGACAUGUCAAGGACCUCAGAAAUCAGUUCAGUCCCUGCAUCAGACAGAAUGGUGCAAAACCUUCUGGACAAGCUAAAAACUGAUGGUGCAGAGCUUCUGAUGUUCCUGAACCACAUGGAAAAAAUAUCAAUCUGUGAAAUUGAUAAUGCAUCUGGAGAACUCAAAGUGCUAUAUUCCGUGACUGCCAAAAUAACAGAUGGCGAUCGGCUAAAGCGCAAACAGUUUCAUGCCUCAGUUAUUGAUAGUGUGACCAAAAAGAAACAACUCACUGCUAUCCCAGUCCAACAGAUAACCUACACAAUGGACAUAGAGGAUACUGAGGGAAACUUGACUACAUGGAUGAUCUGUAACCGAUCUGGCUUCCCUAACAUUGAAAACGUUUCAAAAAGUGUCAUCUCAGCUCAUAAAAAUGAAGACAUAACCCUGUUUCCACGUGGAGGGGUAGCUGCAUGUGUAAGCCACAACUACAAAAAACCCCACAGAGCCUUCUGCUUUCUGCCCCUUUCACUAGAGACGGGCUUACCUUUUCAUGUAAAUGGACAUUUUGCUCUAGAUUCUGCUCGAAGGAACCUAUGGAGAGAUGACAAUGGAGUAGGUGUAAGAAGUGACUGGAAUAAUAAUUUAAUGACGUCACUGAUAGCCCCGGCAUGUGUGGAACUGCUGCUUCAGCUUAAGCGUCGGUACUUCCCUGGUCCUGAUCCCACAUUGACUGUACUCCAAGGGACUCCACUUCAUGUUGCUAAAGACACAUUGCGGAAAUAUCUCUUCUUUUUUCCGUCAAACAGAUUUGACAUACAACCAGAUUGGUACUGCCUUGUUAAAGCAGUUUACCAUUGCAUCCAUGCUGACCUGAAGCGUCUGCUUCCUGUUGUCAGAGCAGCCCAAACUGACAACUCUGACAUGCACUCUGCCAUCUAUAUUUCAUGGGUUAACACAUCCAUUGCAAACAAAGGCAGAGCAUUUUUUGACAAUCUGCUACAAGAUGAGCUACAUCACUUAAAAAACACAGAGUACAACAUCACUUCAAGGAAAUCUGUGGCAGAGAAUGUUUACAGGCUGAAAACCUUGCUCCUGGAUAUUGGUUUCAAUCUGGUCCACAGCUGCGAUGAGACUGUAAAUCUCUACUCAUGUUUGGAGGAUGCAGGGAUACCAGUCAGUUAUGUAACACCAGAGGAUGUUCGAAGCUUUCUUUACACUUUCUCAUCACCAGACACAUCUUGCCAUGUAGGAAAACUCCCUUGCCGUCUCCAACAGUCGAACUACAGGCUCGUUCAUAACCUGAAGCUUCUGUUUGACUACUGCUUCAAAGACAUGGAAGCAGAUGAAAUCAAGAUCGAGGGUUUGCCUCUGUUGUUAACAAUGGACAACAUGCUUCAGGUAUUUGAUACCAAGAGACCAAAGUUCCUGACAUCAUAUCAUGAGCUAAUCUCAGCGAGGAAAGAAUUGUUCAUGAAUUCCCUCUACAUCAGGUAUAACACCAUCCUGUUGAAGGUUGGAGCUGCGAAGGUAUUCGAUAUCAGCAGCUUUGGUGACCUACUGGGUUCUGUUCUUCCAAGAGAGUAUCGAACAAGGGUCCCCGUGAAGUGGAGAGACACUUUUGCAAGUGAAUCUUGGCUGAAGAAUGUGUGGAACUUCAUCAGUGAGAAUAUUGCAGUUAAGGAUGAUCAAGUGGAUAUAAAGCCAACUUUUGACACAAUGCUUGACAUUCUGAAAGACUGGGCUUUGCUACCUGGAAUCAAGUUCAUGGCAAGAGAAAGAAUAGUUGUCCCUGAGCAUGAUGUGCUUUUACCUCUGAGUUUGAUAAGCAUAGCUCUUUUUCCACAGGGCCAAAAUGACAAAGUUUUUCACACCCUCAUGAAAGCAGGGUGCAUUCAGCUUGCAGUGCCCAAAAUCUGUGCCAAAGAGAAUCCCAUCAUAUCCUUUCUUGCGCAGCAUACGGCAAACAUUGAAAGUCCAUCAAGUAUUCUGAAAGCUGUAGAGUACAUGAUUCAAACAUCUGCAUUCAAAGCAUCAAACCUGACUGACAAGGACUUCGAGGCUCUUCUGUUGUAUUUCAACUGCAACCUAGCUAAUCUCACGCAACAAGAUGUACAGAGCCUAAAGCUACUCCCUUGCUUUAAAUCAGUUAGUGGGAGAUACAUCAGCAUUGCAACCUAUGGGGCAAACUAUGUACUUGCAAAAGACAUUCCCACCGCAGACAUAGAAAAAUGGUCUCACACAGCCUCCUUUUCCUUUCUCACUGACAAUCCACAGCUGAAAGAACUGUACACAUUUCUUGGCUGCAUGCCAAUCGACGACAAAGAAAUCUACCUUCAACAUCUCCUGCCCAAGUUUGAAAGUUUUUCCUAUGAUGCCAAAGUUAAACACAUUGUCUACUUGAAGGAAACACUUAUGUCAAUGGAAGAAUCAUGCAAGGUGAAAAAUCAGCUCUAUGAGAAAUUGGAGGGACUGUCAUUCAUGUAUGACAACACGAAUCGUCUCAGGCCAGCCAAGUUCUUCUACGAUGAGACAGUGAAGGUAUUUGAGGUUAUGCUACCUGCAAAAUCGUUCAUACCAAGUGACUUUUUCAAGAAAGUAGAGCAAGUGUCGAAACCAAAGAAUGGAACAUUGUUGCUCUCUUCAUGGAUAACCUUUCUGAGAAAUAUAGGUCUCAAGCAUGAAAUGUCCCAGCAACAAGUUCUUCAGUUUGCAAAGGAGGUCAGCAUAAAGGCCCAGACAGAAAGCUGGUCAAAAGAAAAAGUACAAACCACCGUUGAUGUUCUCUUGACCCAUAUUUUCACAGAAAGAACAGAUCUGUUCCAGGGCUCUUUUCUCAAAGAGCUCUCAAUGAUACCAUUCCUGUGUCCUGAGAGAGCACCCAAAGAACUCAUCAAGCUUCAUUCACAGUACCAAGAGAUGAGUGGCACACUUCCUCUGAUCCGUUUCAAUGGGUCUCAGGUAAAUCCAAAAUUCAAACAAACAGAUAUCAUUCACUUACUUUGGACAUCAUGUCCAAUUCUACCAGAGAAAGCCACCCCGACAAGCAUAAAGGACCAGGAAGGAAGCACUCUCACUGGACAGGAACAACUUGACCAAGUGUUGAACAUGUUAGGUGUCAGCUUGGACCCACCAUUGGAGAAAGUAAUAAGCAACUGCAAGAAUAUUUGCAACAUAUCCAGUCCAGAAGAUGAAAUGGUGAAAACCAGGAACAAAGUGUUAAGAUCCACCUACGAGUUCCUCAAUGCAGAUAAAAGAGAUUUCCGACACCAGCUUCGUGGAGUGGCUUUCGUCAUGGUUGAAGAUGGCUGGAAAUUGCUGAAACCUGAAGAGGUUGUCAUCAAUUUGGACAACGAAUCUGACUUCAAACCCUAUUUGUACAAAUUGCCCCUAGAACUUGGUACCUUUCAUCAACUCUUCAAACUUCUUGGCACAGAAGACGUGGUGUCUACAAAACAGUAUGUUGAAGUGCUGUGGCGAAUUUACAGAAAUUCGGAGGGCAAACAGCUCGACCCAAAUGAAAUGAGAACUGUAAAAAGAGUGGUUUCAGGAUUGUUCAAGUCACUCCAUAAUGAUCCAGUGGAAAUCCGCAAAGACUUAGAGAAUCUAAAAGAUUUGUUGUUUUAUUUGCCAAGCAAUGAUGGUAGACUAGCAAAAUCUAGUAGUCUAGUGUUUGAUGAUGCCCCACAUUACAAGAGUCGAAUUCAGGGAAAUGUUGGGGUUCAAAUGCUCGUGGACAUGAGUCAGUGCUAUCUGGGCAAAGAUUAUUCCUUCCACACAAAGCUGAUCAUGCUACUUCCACAGAAACUAAGGCCUCGGCUGUUAAGUAGCAUUCUCGAAGAGCAACUUGAUGAAGAUUCUCCAAAAAUGUGCCAGUUUGGAGCUCUUUGCUCACUCCAAGGCCGUCUUCAGCUGUUGCUAUCGUCAGAGCAGUUCAUCACAGGACUGAUCAGAAUAAUGAAACAUGAGAAUGACAAUACAUACAUAGUGAAUGAGGAUAAAGCCAUACGUCUCUGCAAAGCACUUUGUGAAGGACUCAAAGUAUCUUGUUUUGAUAAACUCCAGACAACUCUAAGGGUCAAAGGAUGCAGUCCCAUUCCUCACAGCCGCAGUGAAACACUUGCCUUUCUCAAGAGGUACGGGACAUCUGUGAUUCACCUCUACAUCCAGCAUUCAGACAGCAAAGACAUUAAUUUUCUUUUGGCACUGGCAAUGACAUUAAAGUCAGCUACAGACAAUUUGAUUUCUGACACAUCAUAUCUAAUUGCCAUGCUGGGCUGCAAUGACAUCUACAGAAUCACAGAGAAACUAGACAGCCUUGGUGUCAAGUAUGAUGCAACAGAGCCUUCAAAACUCGAGCUACCCCUCCCUGGAACACCCAUACCGGCCGAAAUACAUCAUACACUCCUCAUGGAUCCAAUGAAUGUGUUCUAUCCAGGUGAAUAUGUGGGUUACCUUGUAGAUUCUGAGGGAGGGGACAUGUACGGGUCCUACCAGCCUACAUACACAUAUGCUAUCAUUGUUCAAGAAGUAGAAAGAGAAGAGCAGGAAAACACAAGUUUUCUUGGAAAAUGCUUCCAAAUUGACAUCGGAUAUAGUGAAUACAAAAUAGUCAGCUCCCUUGACUUGUACAAAUUCUCAAGGCAAGAUGAAAGCUCCAGUGUUAGAGACGCCAAUGCUCCAUCAACACCUACGAGCCCGGAGAGCCGUUUUCCUGGUGUCCGCAUGGUCCCGCCUCUUUUUGCAAGCAAGGAAAACCUCAGACCUCCUCAAAAAGAAUCGCCAAAAAAGAUCAAGCUUCAUGCAUUGCCUGAGAUUCUGAAAGAAGUGACCUUAGUAAUUGAACAAGCUUGGAAGCUUUCUGAAACAGAGAGAAAGAAGAUAAUCCGACGAUUGUAUCUCAAAUGGCAUCCAGACAAAAAUGCAGAUAAUCUGGACUUUGCUACAGAAGUCUUCAAGCACUUGCAGAAAGAGAUCAGUAGACUGGAGAAACAGUCUUUGGCUGAUCAACAAAAUGCAGAUAGAGCUUCCAGGAGAUCAUUCUCCUCAUCAUCAACCCGCUUCCAGUCAGAGAAGUUCUCAUUUCAAAGAUUUUAUUCAUCAUGGAACCAAGAAGCAACAAGUCACAAGUCCGAAAGGCAGCAGUUCAGGGAGCAUUAUGCAAGCUAUGCAGGUUCAUCACAUUCUCAUCGUUUCUUUGUGCCACCAACUUUUAAGACAGUUGGAAACCCUGUGGAAGCCCGCAGGUGGCUGAGGCAAGCCAGAGCAAACUACUCAGCUGCUCGCAAUGACCUUCAUAAAAAUGCCAACGAGUGGGUUUGUUUCAAAUGUUACCUGGCCACAAAGCUUGCACUCAUCGCUGCAGACUAUGCAGUCAGAGGAAAGUCAGAUAAAGAUGUAAAACCAACUGCCCUGGCUCAAAAAGUGGAGGAGUAUAGCACUCAGUUAACAGGCCUCGCCAAUGAUGUUCAGAUCCUGGAAGGAUACGGUGUGGACAGCCUGAGAACUCGUUACCCUGACCUUCUGCCUUUUCCACAGAUUCCCAAUGACAGGUUCACAUCUGAGGUGGCAAUGAGAGUUAUGGAAUGUACUGCACGGAUAAUCAUAAAGCUUGAAACCUUUGUACAGCAAAAAAUAUGAUGUUAAAGAGAUCAGUGAAGCUACAGUGAGCGUAGAUUCUCUGUACAAUAGAGGGCGCCCUUGGCUGUGUACAGUACAGACUGUGUAAAUCACAUAGAAUAACAUUUAAGCGUUCAGCUGGCAGCUUAUGGUACGUGUGCCGAUGUAUGGCUCCCAUAAUCCAUUCAGCUGGUUCAAUAUAGAUUUGCUGUAAUGUGUGGGGAGAAAAAAAUCUGCAUAUGCUGUACAUAUGAAUGCCUUAGCAAUGUUUGGAUUACCAAAGUCCCCAUAGUGUACUGACAUAUAUACUCUGAGUUCUAAUAAGAAAUAUGCUGCUUUUUUUACUUUAUCUUUUAUAAAAAAAAAAAUACACAUAUGUAUACAGUAUAUUUUCUUGCUACAGAAAACCAGUGGAGUGUAAACAUCGUGUGUGUAAUGAAGAAAUUGAGCAAUUCAAACUGACAAUUCUGUAAUUGCUGUCAUGCAAGGUGCCCCUUUUUUGCAAGAUCCCAGCAAGGCAAAUAAAUAUAAUAGUGUCUGUAAUUUUCCUUUUUUAACGGGUUCAUUUCAUAUAAUUUCUGUAAAUGUGUAAAUUUCCUGUAAUAUAGCCAUUCAUUUGUGUAUAAACAAAAGCAUUUUUUAAACUCCUCAUGUAUUUGCACUUGUAUAGCGCUUGUGUCACCCCAGCAAAUCCAACUGUGAAUGUAAAUCUGUAUACGUUACUUCAAUGCAACUAUAUGUGUGUUCAUUAGAGAUAUGUUUUUAUGGUUAUGUUAAAUAUUGGUUAUCCUUCAUACAGUAAUAUAGACUGUUAUGUUUUAGUACCUGCAGAGAGCGAGUCUCUUAAUACUACAUGGGGGCAAUGACACUUGCGGCCCAGCUUUUGCUCAAGCAAUUCAACUAUUUAUUUCCUUCAUUUAUUUUUAUCCGUGAAUACUCAGCAGGACAGUAGAGCCAUACAUAUAUCUAUAUAUUUA